AUGGGCAAAAAAGGCAAGAACGAAAAGAAGGUGAAGGGAGCGGAGAAGACAGCUGCCAAAAUGGAGAAAAAGGUUUCAAAGAGGUCCAAACGAGAGGAGGAGGACUUGGAGGCUCUGAUUGCUGAGUUUCAGAAUCUGGAUGCAAAGAAGACACAAGUUGUAGAGACAGCAUGUCCACCUCCAUCACCAAGAUUGAGUGCGUCUUUCUCCGCCCAUCCUGAGAAAGAUGAACUCAUCAUGUUUGGAGGAGAAUUCUUCAAUGGAAAGAAGACGUACCUGUACAAUGAUAUGUUUUUCUACAACAUCAAGAAAGACAACUGGGUUAAAUCAGAGAUCCCCAACCCUCCUCCCCCACGCUGCUCUCACCAGGCGGUGGUGGUUCCCCAGGGUGGGGGUCAACUCUGGGUGUUUGGAGGAGAGUUUGCGUCUCCAAACGGGGAACAGUUCUACCACUACAAGGACCUUUGGGUGUUGCACCUGGCUACAAACACUUGGGAGAACAUCAAGGUGCCCGGGGGUCCAUCAGGGCGCAGCGGCCACCGGAUGGUCCUCAGCAAGAAACAGCUGCUGGUGUUUGGAGGUUUCCAUGAGAGCAACAGGGACUUUAUCUACUACAAUGACAUCUACUCCUUCUCUCUGGACACCUUCUCCUGGUCACGCCUCACUCCAUCAGGCUCCGCCCCCUCCCCACGCUCCGCCUGUCAGAUGAGCUCCACGCCGGACGGCAUGGGUGUCAUCAUCUACGGGGGAUACUCUAAAGUGAGAGUGAAGAAGGAUGUAGAGAAGGGGACCAUCCACUCUGACAUGUUCCUUCUCAAGCGAGAGGGUAAAGAUGGCCAAGAGAAGUGGUCGUGGUCGAGGGUGAACCCCUCCGGGAACAAGCCCCUUCCUCGCUCUGGCUUUUCUCCGGCGAUGGGCCCGGCAGGGCGGGCGGUGCUGUUUGGUGGUGUUUGUGAUGAGGAAGAGGAGGAGACACUGGAGGGCGACUUCUACAACGACCUCUACCUGUAUGACACAGUGAAGAACCGCUGGUUCCCAGGCCUGCUCAGGGGAAACAAGUCAGAGAAGAAGAAACGAAGGAGGGGGAAGAAGUGUGGCGCAGAGGGGGAAGGAGCAGAGAAGAAGGGGGAGGAGGAGGAGGCAUCUCAAGGACCCACUGAGGUCGUCAAAGAGAUCAUCACGGAGGACGGAACAGUGAUGACCAUCAAGGAAGUGAUCCCUGGAGCUCAGGAGGAGGAGGAGGAGGAGGAGGAGGAGGAAGAGGAGGAGGACGAUGCCUCCCCCCCCCUGGUGGAGCCCUGCGCACGGUCCAGUGCCAUGGCAACGGUGCGUCAGGGCAAGCUCUUCCUGUACGGAGGGAUGUUCGAGGUCGGCGACCGCCAGUUCACCCUCAACGACUUCUACUCUCUGGACCUCAACAAGAUGGACCAGUGGGAGGUUCUGGUUGAAAUGGACCCAAAGACACAAGAGUGGCUGGAAGAGUCUGAGUCAGAGGAAGAUGAGGAGGAAGAGGAGGAGGAGGCGGCGAAAGGAGUGGAAGGGAAGGCGGUGAAAGGAGUGGAAGGGAAGGAGGAAGAGGAGGAGUCUGAAGAAGAAAGCGAGGAUGAGGAAGAUGAAGAGGAGCACCCCGCAGUGCAGGAGGGAGAGACUGUGACGGAUUACCAGAGCCGUACAGAGCAGUACUGGACAGGACUGGCACAUGGCAACAUGGGCCCCGACCCCAAGGACAAAAAGGUCGCCAAGGUCGCCCUCGCCAUGGCUAAAGUCUUCUUUGAAGACCAAUAGUGGGACACGCCAAACUGUUUGAGUGACUGUGAGUGUGGUGUUUGUGUGUGUAAAAUAGUCUUUUGUAUUUGCUUUUAUAAAACAUGUCAUUUGAACUGUACUGCAAAUAAUUCAGUAAUAUGAUUUAGAAUUUCAUUCAUUUUUAAAACAAAACAAAAACACUUCUGUUCUCCCACUGAUAUAUUGCUGCUACUACUAUAACUAUAUUCCAUUUGUGGAUAUACAAUUACAUUAGCUGCUAGAUUAUGGUUUGUUGAGAGCAACAGUUUUUAUUCAUUUUCAAUAAAAUUAUUAUUUUCUGUAACUACAUAAUAUUCAACGAUAAUAUUGAGACCAGUCUGGGGAAGUAAGGAAGACAUUUGUUAUUUAGCAGACGCUCUUAUCCAGAGUGCGACUUGUCUACUUAUAUGAAGUCCGGUCGGGACAGUGGGUUUAUCAGAUCUUUAUUUUACUAGAAACUGCUGAUUUCUGUUGCUAGAAACAAGAUUGAUAAGAGUGGUGAGACGCAGGCCUUAAAACCAAAACAAUGAGCUGAAAGACACUGAAACGGUCUGUAGAGCUGAAGGCAACUGCAGAGUCGGGAGUUGAUACUUUGUCUACAUGUGGUGGUAUACAUUUAUUGCAUUGUUAGUAUGAUCAUCUUGAUUAAUGCAGCUUUAAAAAGAUGCAGGCCUACUCUCAUUACUCUGAUGCACUCUGAUACUCUGAUCACUUCGUAUUACCACCUUUCUAAACUGUCCUCACCACAGUAUGAUCAUGUUUUCUUUAUAACAGUUUCCUCUUGCAGCAGGAAACGCAAGUUUUUAGAUGCAUGGGAACAUAAACAAAAGAUAGUAACGUGUUUAAUCACCAACGGGCCUUAAAUGCUGUAAGCGAACAACAAUAAAUACAUGAUGAAACCACG